AUGGUGAUGUCGGUGGUGGCGCCGAGGAGGUCGAUACGGGAGGCGGUGCUCCACAGAGCGCUCGCCUACCACCGCGUUGGUGGAGACGGCGGAGGGGGGAAGCAGCAGCGGCGGCGGUGCUCGUUCUAUGGAGGCGGCGCCGGUGGCAGUGGAGGGGACGAGGACGGAGCUGCCGCGUGGGCUGCGGAGGAGGCGGAGUGCAUGAUGGAGCUGGCCCAGCUCGGGGCGGACCGCCCCAAGAACGUGCUCGUCCUCAUGAGCGACACCGGCGGUGGCCACCGUGCCUCCGCCGAGGCCAUCCGCGACGCCUUCCGCCUCGAAUAUGGAGACGAGUACAGGGUCUUCGUGAAGGACUUGGGCAAAGAGCAUGCGGGUUGGCCUCUGAACGACAUGGAGAGGGCCUAUAAGUUCAUGUUGAAGCAUGUCUCGCUAUGGAAGGUCGCUUUCCAUAGCACCUAUCCUCGUUGGGUUCAUUGCUCCUAUCUCGCCGCCCUUGCUGCACUCUAUGCUAGGAAGGUGGAGGCUGGUCUGAUGAAGUACAACCCAGACAUUAUUAUAAGCGUGCAUCCCCUCAUGCAGCACAUACCUUUGUGGGUUCUCAAACGGCAGAGCUACCAAAAGAGAGUCGUUUUUGUUACUGUCAUCACAGACCUCAACACCUGCCACCCUACAUGGUUCCAUGCUGGGGUGAACAGAUGCUAUUGCCCUUCGGAGGAGGUGUCGAAGAGAGCUCUGCUAGAGGGCCUAAAGCCUUCUCAGAUCCGUGUCUUCGGUUUGCCAAUUCGACCAUCCUUCUGCCGUGCAGUUUUAAACAAGGAUGAUCUGAGAGAAGAACUGGAGAUGGACCCUCAUUUGCCUGCAGUUCUACUGAUGGGAGGUGGUGAGGGAAUGGGUCCGGUCAAGGAAACUGCAAUGGCUUUAGGAGAAGCCCUGUUUGAUGAAGAGCUCGGCAAAUCUACUGGGCAGAUUGUUGUCAUAUGUGGCCAUAACCAGAUAUUGAGUUCCGCAUUGCAGUCAACCGAAUGGAGGAUUCCAGUGAAGAUUAGAGGAUUUGAGACCCAGAUGGAGAAAUGGAUGGGAGCUUGUGAUUGUAUCAUAACGAAGGCAGGACCAGGUACAAUUGCUGAGGCAUUGAUCAGGGGACUUCCUAUUAUCCUCAAUGACUUUAUACCUGGACAGGAAGUUGGUAACAUUCCCUAUGUAGUAGACAAUGGAGCUGGAGUAUUCUCCAAAAGCCCCAAGGAAACAGCCAGCCUUGUUGCUCGGUGGUUGGGUCCUGACAGAGACGAGCUGAAGAAAUUCUCAGGGAAUGCACUCAAACUGGCGCAACCUGGUGCAGUGUUCGAUAUCGUGAAGGACAUGCACCAGCUGGUCCAGCAGCGUGGGCCAAUGGCCCCUAUCUCCUAUUCUUUGACUUCAUCAUUCUCUUAGCCAUAUGGUAGCCAGUUUAAUUACACGUUCAGUGAAUUGGAUGUGUUCCUUUAGACUC